CCGGCCAGCACAGCAGCAGCUGCCGCCUGAGCACCAUUCAAGAGCAGCAGAAGCAGAAAGCAGCAACUCCGCCAGGCUGGCAAAUCAACUAGCAACAACAACCACCACAGACAGGAGGAGGAGGAGGAGGCUGCAUCUGGCAGGGGGAAACAAUAAAACAAGCAGGGAAGGAUGAAGGAUGGAGAAGGCACAACACUUCUAGGAAACUCCUUGGAAUGGCUCUGUCCGGGGGCUCCGCGGGGGUUGACAAGCUCCGGUCGAUCCCUCCCGCUUUCUCUGCUGGGAUUAUGAGCAAGGGCGAGAUUACGGAUCUGGAGGGGUUGUGUCUGCGCUGAGAUGUCCACUUGGGCUGGAAAGUUUCUCCAUGGUUUCUUUAUGGUGCCUGAGCUCCUCGCUGCCAGCUUUGAUUCCCCCCCAGUCUUCCUGGGCAGCUGUCCAGAUGAUGUACCCAUACCGUAAGCAGAAGAGGAUGGGUUUCUAGAGCACUGCAGCUAAAAUACGAAGGAAAUGAUCUGGAAGAAGCUUCCAAAAGGAGCUGGAGCCGCUCUAGGGAGCAGUGCCCUGGGUAGCCAGCCAUGAUCGCCACUGGAGGCCUCCUGAGGAUCUCGGCCAGGAAACAGGACCCCCUGCGACCCCAAAGCCAGCCCCCCAAACGCAAACGCAAAGCCAGAAAGAAGCGCAAGAACGACGUGGUGGUGGUGAAGGGCAAGCUGAAGCUGUGCUCCGUCUCGGGGCUCAUCGCCCUCUGCGGCAUCCUGGUGCUGCUGGUGGGCAUCGCCUUGGCCGUGGUGGGCUAUUGGCCCAAACCCAGCCCCGUCUACCGGGAAGGCAGCUUCGGGGGGAGCAAACACCUGCCCGCGCAGGGCGGCGCCACCAAAAACCGCUCCAGCCGGGGCCAGCCGGGGGCGCAAGGGGGAUCCCACCCGGACACCCCUAGAGCCAACUCCUCCUCCUCCAGCAGCACCAGCCGGGGGUCCCCCCGCGCCGCGCCGGCCCCUUCCUCGGUGGGUUUCCUCUUCCAGCUCUUCUCGGGCUACCUGCACUCGGACAAGCUCAAGGUGCUGGGCCCCCUCAUCAUGGGCAUCGGCAUCUUCCUCUUCAUCUGCGCCAACGCGGUGCUGCACGAGAACCGCGACCGCAAGACCAAGAUCAUCAACCUGCGGGACCUCUACUCCACCGUCAUCGACGCGCACAGCCUGCGGGCCAAGGAGGGCGGGGGCCCGGCCGCCGCCCCGCUCAAUGGCUUCGUCAGUUACGUGCAGCAGGCCCGGGGGCUGGGCGGCGGCGGCAGCGGGGGGGAAGCCUUGGGCGCCGCGGCCAGGCUGGCCCAGAGCUCCUGGCCCCCGGCCCUGGGCGCCCCCGCGCCCCGCUGUUCCUCCUUCUCCGCCUCCCCGCCUAGCCUGGCCGAGGCCGUCUACAGCAUCUACCGGGAGCGAGCCGCCCUGGCCGGCCGCCCGCUGGGCACCGCCACCCCUCCCUGCAGCCCCGCGCCCGGCUGGGGCCGGCGCAGCACCGCCAGCUCCCUGGUGGGCUCCUCGCUCAGCGCCUUCACCCUGCUGCCCCUGGGCCAGGCCGAGGGCACGGGCGAGGAGAGCUGCGGCUGGCGGCGGCCGCCGGGCGAGCCCGGGGCCAGGGGAAGCCCGCGGGGCGAGUUCGAGCUGAGCCUGAGCGAGCUCGGCAGCGGCAGCCCCCUAGGGCCAGGGGAGGGGCGCAGGCACACGCGGGUACUGAGGCGCCAGAGCACAAGCUGCCUGCCCGACUCCAGGCGGCCCCUCUCCCUUGGCUCCCCUCAGACUCGGGCUAGCAGCAAGGAGCUGGACUCCACCAGCCUUUUAGCCAAGGCUGCUUCUUCCACCUACUCCAGAUCUCUGGAUCUGGGCGGCUCGCCUCCCUUCACUCCGCCUGGGGUCAGGAGAGGUUCCCAGUCUGACCCAUCCAGCAGCAAUAAGGGCUACACGCACCUGGAGGAGGCAGGCACCUCCUUGGAGUCUAUUGCCAACACCCCCGCCAGUAAAACCCAGGACUGUGAGGAGGACCCAAAAGGGGAGAUCGGCCCCCUAGAGGGAGCCAGUAAAGAACAAACAGUGCAGCAACCUCAGCAAAUUCAGAGACAAUAUACAAAUAAAGAGAAGCUCUUCAUGAUUUCCAGGUCGCACGCCACGGCAGGGCUGGAGGAUGGGGAACUGGAAAGCACGGGCGUUUGAACAAACAGAAAGCAUCAGGACAACUUGCAAGCCCUCUGCCUCCUUGUGGACGGAACCCGGUCAAUAUCCAAAGAGCUGCAGUAUGUUAUCCUUGAAUUGCAUUCAAUAAAUUCCCGUAGAUGAUACCAGGAAACAAAAAAUCUUUCUGUCCGAUUGUGAUUGUAUGUUCCAUGCAAACCAAAUUGUAUUACACAUCAAUAGUCCAGCAAGUUCUUCGAAGCAAAUGAAUACAAUUUUGGACAACAUAA